GCAUACAUCAACGAUCUGUAUUGGACCAGCACUCUGCCGCAGCUACCAACUCCCGUGACUGAUGGUCGUACUCGAGGCCGCCAAAGCAGCAAGCAAAAAAUUCGCCGAAGCCGCUGUUGAUCCUCGCUACCCUAUCACGAAGCAGCUUGCCAAAGCAUUUCCACCGAGCUCGAAGAACGCGAUCAGGAGAAUCAGACCAAGAGAGAGCGAACCAGUAUAUGUUCCAACUUUCACCGAGGUCGUUAGUGAGCAGCUAUGCGACGACGUGAUCGGCUACUUGGCUCCGACUCUGGAACAGCACAGAGGAUGCACCAUCAUCGACGCAAACCCGGGCGCGUGCCUGUGGUCGGCCAAGAUACACGACUUUCUCAAGCCCAAACGUCAUGUACUUAUGGAGCCAGAUGAGCGCUACUUUGACCCUUUCAUUAAGCCUCUACUUGAAACACCAGGAUCGACAUACCGCCACGUUCCCCUAACAGGAGCGCAUCGCAUGAAGUUCUUCAACAACUACAGAAUAAUUCUCAACGACCCAGACCUAGUCGCACGGCCGGAUCUCCCAGUAGAUGACCCUAGAUGUGGCCAGUUUGACCCAAGUCUCCUGUUGAUCGGCAACCUGGCAAGGGAUUACCAUAGAGAGAAGAAUCCUAACUCGCCUACCACGACGAGUAGGGUCCUACAAAACAUGACUUGGGCGGCUGUAGCCCAUGAGCUCUUCCACAAUCGUGGACUUGUCCGCAUGCUCUGGUGGAUCCCCGAAUAUGAGCGCUAUGCAUUGUUUCCUAUGACGGAGCUGAGGAGGAAUGCUGUCAACGCCAGCUGGAGCAUCACGUGCGAGAUGAACAGGGUUGCCGGCUGCGACUAUGGUACCCCGACGUUCUCUGCGAAUACACGAGGAAGGCCGCGACCUGAUAUCAUGGAAGCCUACACCGCUAAGCGAGUUCGUGAUUCGAUGCAAGCACUUCUUAUAUCCCCGCUGGAUGCUAGAUUCGAAACCAUGGAUCACUUGCAAGCGGAGAUAGAAGCGACACGUGAGCGAUUCACCCUAGUGAAGAAGUAUUCGACCAUGAUGCCGAAGACAGGAGCGAAGAGUGUGCCAAGAAAGCAGCUAGAGGACAAACUGAUUGACAGUCUUGCAUUUCCACAGAUGCUUUAUGCAGACAAGCGAGAAGGCGUCACCUUCGGGGUUUUGACUAAGACUCUGGGAUUCCGCAGCAUUUGCCUGAGAGCGGAUCUUGGACUGCGUGUUGUCAGGCUCGAGGUCGGUCUGAAGGUGCUAGAAGAGCAUGGUACGGCUGUUCCAGAGCUGGACAGACUCCGCGCCCAACUUUUGGAACUUGGCGAACAAGUUGAAAAGACCUUCGAGAAGACCGAACGCAACAAGAUGCUGAUUACGCAGCUGAUCAACGAACAGAUCGCAAUGUUCGUAGAUCCUCCCGUAUUGGCAAGGGACGCCAGAAAGUACGAACCGCUUAAUGCGAAGGUAGAGGAGUUCUGGCCACAGUCCGAGCUCAUGCUUGUAGACGUGAUGCCAACCACGCGCGAUUUGUCGGUGCCAGAUCUUGCGGAGGCGAAGGAAGGGGCAAUAGUCUGCCGUGGGCUGCUUGCUAAUCUGAUCCAAGCCAGCAGUCAGUCCUUGCCAGACAUGCUUGACCGCAUCGCGCCGAACGCGGCCAAGGAUCUUAUACCGCAGAUUCCAGCAGCCACGGAUCCACGGAAAGGUGGAAGGCUCAAUCCGAAGAACGUCCCAACCAGGAUGUUGUCGCCGGAUAUUAUGGAGCAGCUGACAAAGGCCUUCAUCGAGUGGCCAUUCAAGCCGUCCAAUGUAUCGCUAGAGCUCGCAGCGGAGAGUGCAGCCUCUGGCGAGGAAGAGAAUUCGGAGAGUACGGAGGCAGUGCCUGGGGCCGCCUGAGGUACGCUUGAGGAACACCCGAGCCUGCAAAGCGGCAGUGUCCUCCUGCAAGGAUGUGUAUUGGCAACGG